AUGGCCAUAUCCAUCACCGUAGAUAAUCAUAUCAUGGGGAAGAGGCAAAAGUUCCCAUGCUGCCGCGUUGGUACCUACUCUCUUGCAUGGGGACAUUUUUCCGUUGGUGUUUUCUGCUUCGUCUGGGCGCCCAGGAGGAUGACUGCAGGGGGAAGGAUGAAUAACCUCAUCCUCCAUUUCAGAACCGAUGUACCAGCGACCUUCCAACGCACCGCCACUAGAUGUGUGGAACAAGUCCUGAUUCCUUGGACCCUCGUCCUCAUUUCAUCCGGUGUCCUCGAUCAGGGGAGGCCUCAUUUCCACGCGGGCGCUCAAGGUUCAGGAGAGCUGCUGACUGUGCAAAAAGCCCCAAUAGCAAAGAACGGUGGUUCAUGGUGCCGCAUGCUCGCCGUCGCCCCCAUCGCGUUCUCUCGACGGUUCCUGCAACCUUAUGUCAGGAACGAAACUGGUGCAGACACAGUCGGUGCAGGAGGGCAAGGGCGGUUUCAGUUCCUGGUCGAAGGAUUCGUCGAGGAGAGCGAGAAGGAUUGA